UAAGAAAUGUACAGGAUUUAAAUAGUUUGAAAGAAUUAAUUGUAAGUGAUAAAUUGUAUCAAUCAUUAGAUCAUGAAACCGCGAUGCAUAUAAAUAUAAAACAAGAGCAAGAUUGGUUUAAACCGGUACAAAUGGGUAAAGAAUGCGAUAUGUACUUUGCGUCAAAAGGAAAAUCUUUUUCUGAUACAUAUUCUAAUUAUCAAAAACCACAGUCUUAUAAUCAAAACUAUACUCGAAAUGAUUCUAAAUAUAUAGCGCCUCAGUUACGACGCGAAGAAAUAAAACCGAAGUCAAAAGAAAAUAAAAUAAAUAAGAAACUAGAAUGUUACAUAUGCGGAGAAAAUCAUUUAGCAAAACAUUGUGGGAAUAAAUAUUUGAAAAUGAAAGUUAAAGAAAAUGUUGUCAUUGCAAAACUCUCCUCCGAACAUUUUUAUCCAUCUGUUGACCUUCACCCUUUGAAGUAUGUAUCAGUGUACGUGGGAGGGGGGAAGAAAUUGAAAUGUGUAAUAGAUUCUGGUACUCAAAUUUUUGUUUGUAAUUCGAAUUUGAUUCCUGGCGCCGAGGAGGAGGAAUAUGGAAAGAUUAUUUUGAGUUCGGCGUUUGGGGAGCAUGUUGAGGCUAAGUUGGUAAAAACAAUGGUCUCAUUAAAUAGAGAUUCUGCAUUAAAUUAUCCCGUAGAAUGUAUAAUUACCUUGACAGAUAAAUUAAAUGUAGAUGCGUUGAUACCACCGUUUUUGUAUGAGAAACUGAUUUCGUCAGACUUUGAGAGUUCUUGCGAGGGGAAAAGCAGUGAAAAUCGGUGCGUAUUGCAAAAAGAAUCAGCACACGUGUUCUUACAACAUAUUAAUGAAAAGGAUAUUUUGUCAGAGGGGGAAGAGAGCGGUUGCUCAUUGAGUGGGAGUGAGACGAAUAUUUUAAAUGAAGAUUCUAAAUUGUUUUCAGAUUAUUGUAAAUUAAAAGAAGAACAAACUAAUUGUAUUUCAUUAGAAAAAAUUCGCGCGGAAUUAAAACAAAACAAAGGCAAUUUUAUUUUAAUGGAUGGAUUAAUUUACCAUAAGGAUAAAAUUCUUAAUGAGUCAGUUAUGCAGUUAGUUUUACCAAAAUGUAGGCAAAAUAAAGUUUUAAAAUUGGCACACGAAUCCGUUUUUGGGGGUCAUAUGGGGGUUAGGAAAACUAAAGAGCGAAUAAAAUAUAGUUUUUACUGGCCGAAUAUGAGGAAAGAUAUAACGGAAUUUGUCCAAACUUGUGAAGGGUGCCAACUUAGAAAAACUGAGAAAAUUGGCGAUAGAGCGCCCAUAACUCCUGUGGUUCGUCCCGAACUUCCUUUCGAAAUUGUGAAUGUGGAUGUCAUUGGUCCUAUAGACCCACCAUCUAGCAGAGGACACAAAUAUGUACUUUGUCUUGUUGAUCAAAAUACUCGCUGGCCUGAAGCUGUGCCGUUGAAAUCGCUAUCUGCUAAAACAACUUGCGAUGCUUUACUUACAAUUUUUACAAGAACUGGUAUACCCAACGUUAUAGCUAGUGAUCAGGGGACUAAUUUUAAGUCUGCCCUAACUCAAGAAUUUCAAAAGUGUAUUGGUUCGAGUCCCAGAUUCUCCUGUCCGGGUUAUGCUGCGGCGAAUGGACUAGUGGAAAGGUGGAACCGAGUACUAAAAGAUAUGUUGCAUCACGUAAUACGUGAAGAUCCAAGAGGUUGGGACCUGCAACUCCCGUUUCUGCUAUUCUCGUACCGAGAGGUUCCAAACACUACUACUGGGGUAUCUCCUUUCAAGCUACUCUAUGGUAGAGAGGCCCGUGGUCCAUUGUCUAUCUUGAAAUCAUCUUGGUCUGGUGAAAUUAGAAUCCCUACCACUUUGUCUCAGUCAGCUGUUGAUUAUCUUCAAGAACUGAAAGUCAGACUGGAAAAGGCUGCUGAAAGUGCUUCAUUGAUGGCUGCUGACAAACAGAAAGCAUACAGUGACUAUUUUAAUAAAAGAUCUUCAGUGCGAAAUUUCAAUGUCGGUGAACAGGUAGUACUUUUAAUCCCCGAUUCUGCCGAUAAAAUAUAUGCCCGAUGGACUGGUCCAGGUGAAAUUGUCAAGCACUGUUCCCCACAUUCUUACAUGGUAAAAUUACCAGAUGGGAGAGUGAAACAAGUGCAUGUAAACAAGAUAAGGAGAUUUCAUGCUAGAGUUAAUUCAAUCGGUGUGAUUUUUGAAAAUGAGGACGAAUUUGGUGAAAUUAUUACAGUACCUGAAACGAAUAUUGGAAAAGUUAUGUUUGAUUCACGAUUGGACUUAGAACAUUUGAGUGAUGAUCAGAAAAGAAAAUUAAUUUCUUUGCUGGGUAAACAUCAAGAACUUAUGACUGGAAAAUUAAAGAAAGCAAAUGUUGAAGAGCAUAAGAUUCGACUCAUACCUAACAAUGAGAGGAAGAGGCCUUAUAUAUACCGUAUUCCGGAUGCUUUGAAAGGAAAAGUAGAUGAACAAAUAGAAGAGCUUUUAGAUGCUGGUUUAAUAGAAGAAAGUUCAGCUGAAAUUGCUUAUCCAGUGGUGUGCGUUAGUAAAAAAGAUGGAGGGAUCGACUAUCGAGCGUUGAAUGCUGUGACUAUAAUUGACGAUUUUCCUAUGGAAGAUAUUACUGAGUUAAUCCAUACUAUAGGGAAAGCUAAUGUAAUCUCAAACCUAGAUCUGCUGAAGGGUUACUAUGCUAUUCCUAUGGAGGAAGCAAGUUAUGAUUUAACUUCCUUUAAGACUCACAAUUCUCAGUACAGAUUUCGAGUUAUGCCGUUUGGACUCCGGAAUGCUGCAGCAACGUUUCAGAGAGUCAUGAACAAGGCCCUAACACCAUUUAAAAACUUUUCACUAGCAUAUAUAGACGAUAUUGGUAUAUUUUCGAACAGUUUUGAAGAACAUUUAGAACAUUUGGAGUUGAUUCUGAAAAGAUUAGAAGAACUCAAUUUCACUGUUAACCUGAAGAAAUGUUCUUUCGCUAAACCAAGUAUCAAGUGUUUGGGACAUAUCAUCGGUUCGGGUGAACUCCAGCCCGAUCCAGAAAAAGUUCGAGUCAUUAAACAACUUCCAAGACCAAAUACUAAGAAAGAAUUGAGAAGUGUACUUGGAUUAUGUGGUUUUUACCGAGAUUAUAUUCCGAAAUAUGCUGAAUUAGUGUAUCCUCUAACAGAAUUGACAAAAAAGCGAGUGCCGGAAGAAAUUCCCUGGAGUGAAGUGCAUGACUCUGUGUUCUCUCGUCUCAAACAAGCCCUUGCUGAAGCCCCAUCACUUUACACACCAGUGCCCGGUAAUCCUUACAUCAUUUACUCAGAUGCAUCACAGAUUGGAAUAGGAGAUAAAACUUUCCCAGUGUCUUACGCUAGUCAUAAAUUGACCAAAACACAACAAGCCUGGUCAACUAUAGAACGAGAAGCUUACGCUAUUGUGUGGUCAUUAAAGAAAUUUGAAUCAUUGAUAUUUGGCUCUGAAAUAGAAUUUUACACCGACCACAAUCCUUUACAGUAUUUAACGAAGUGUGCUCCUCAGUCAUCUCGGUUACAGCGAUGGGUGUUUGCUCUUCAAAAGUAUAAUAUAACUUUGAAACAUUGCCCUGGUUCCAAAAUGCCGCAUGCUGAUGCAUUAUCUCGCCUGUUUCCAAAUACUAUGACUUAA